AUGACAAAGGAUACAGGUGAACAGUCAGAUGCAGAGCUUUCUCUUUCUGAGGAGACAGCCUUGGCUGUGGGGAGUUCACGGCCCAGGUUUGAGGGCCAUGCCCAGCCUCAGGCUGUGACUAAUGGAGUGCUGCAAGUCCAGGCACGCAGAGAUCAAGCUCUGCCGGAAGAAAAGGCAAUCCUCCGAGCUCAAGGUCAAGAACUGGUUUAUCCUAAAAGGCUCCCCGUUAUACAGAAGCGAGAUGUUUGGCACACCCAUGAUGAUGAUGUACAGGAAACUUAUGAAGAUGAAUUGUUGUAUGAAAUAAGUCUACAUAAAAAAAUCUUUAUACUUCACCUUUUAAAAUCAAGGGAGUUCCUAGCCUCAAAUUACAGUGAAACACACUACUCGGCAAAAGGAGAAGAAAUCACCAGACACCCUCACAUCACGGAUCACUGUUUUUACCAAGGAUCCAUUAUACAUGAACAUGAUUCUGCUGCCAGUAUCAGCACAUGCCAUGGUCUCAGGGGAUUCUUCAGGGUACAUGACCAAAGGUAUCUCAUUGAACCAGUGAAAUACUCAGAUGAGGGAGAACAUUUGGUGUUCAAAUAUAACGCAAAGAUGCAGUAUGCCUCCAAUUAUUCUUGUAAAGAGCUCAAUUUCAGCAGGACAACUGUUCCAAACAAUAACACCAAGUCCAUGGAAGACUCCCAAAUGGAAAACACGCAUAAGGAAAACUAUGUUGAACUGUUCGUUGUUGCUGAUGAUAAUGUGUAUCGCAGGAAUAAUAAUCCCCACAACAAACUGAGGGACCGAAUUUGGGGAAUGGUCAAUUUUGUCAACAUGAUUUAUAAAACUCUGGAUGUUCGUGUUACAUUGGUUGGCCUUGAGAUAUGGACAAAUGGAGAUAAAAUAAAAGUAGAUUCCAACAUAGACACUACUUUAUUGCGUUUUUCAUUUUGGCAACAAAGGAUCCUUAAAAAAAGGAAGGAUUUUGAUCAUGCUUUAUUACUCAGUGGGAAGUGGCUCUAUACCCACGCGCAAGGAACUGCCUUUCCAGGGGGUAUGUGCCUGCCCAUUUAUUCCUCCAGUGUUGUUAAGGACCUUUUGCCUGACCUUAACGUAGUUGCAAGCAGAAUAGCUCAUCAGCUAGGCCAUAGCCUUGGGAUGCAGCAUGACGAUUACCCGUGUACCUGUACUUUGGGAAGAUGUGUGAUGGACAGAGGUGGAAGCAUUCCUGCACUAAAAUUCAGUAAGUGCAGCAGAAUCCAGUACGAACAAUUCCUGAAGGACUAUAACCCAACAUGCAUGUUUAAUGUUCCAUUUUCUGAUAACUUAAGUGAUUCUCCAUAUUGUGGAAAUGAGAAAUUGGAUGAAGGGGAAGAAUGCGACUGUGGCCCUGCUCAGGAGUGCACUGAUCCUUGCUGUGAUGCAGACAAAUGUAUGUUGAAGCCAGGGUUUACCUGUGCAGAAGGAGAAUGCUGUGAAGCUUGUCAGAUGAAAAAAGCAGGGACGAUCUGCAGACCAGCAAAAGAUGAAUGUGAUUUUCCUGAAGUGUGUACUGGCCACUCUUCUGGGUGUCCCAGGGACCAAUUCCAAGCAAAUGGCUUCCCUUGCAAGAAUUCGAAAGGCUACUGCUUCAUGGGGAAAUGUCCCACCCGGGAUGGCCAGUGCUCUGAAUUGUUCGACCAUGAGGCCAAAGACAGUCCUGAUAUCUGCUACCUGAUGAAUAAAAAGGGAAACAGAUUCGGAUACUGCAAAAGCAAGGGCGGCAGAUUAAUCCCCUGUGAGGAAAAAGAUGUCAAGUGUGGAAAGAUAUACUGCACCGGUGGGCAGCACUCAUCUAUCCUGGGGGAAGAAAAGAUCUACCACCUUCAGGCUCCAAAGCAGAAUAUCACCACUGAUUGCAAAACCUUUUUUUUAUAUCACAAUUCUAAAGAUUUGGGCCUGGUUGCUCCUGGAACAAAAUGUGCAGAUGGAAUGGUGUGCAGCAAUGGUGAAUGUGUGAAUAUUGAAAAGAUCUACAAUUCAACCAAUUGCUCCUCUGAGUGCAAUGAAAAUGCUGAGGGUGGCAGUGACCUCGAGUGCCAGUGUGAGGAAGAAGAAGUAUUUGUGGAAUGGGAAGAGACCAUAAAUGUUGCCAAUAUCUCCAUCCUGGUUGUUGUGCUUGUCCUGGGUAUUAUCGGUGUUGGGGCUACUGCAUUAUUAAUUCAUCACCAAAAAUGUAUUAAAUUGAAGCAAAUUCAGAGCCCUCCCCGAGACGUGCGGGGAGUUGAGAAUAAAGGAUACUUCAGCGAUGAGCAGCAGACGAGGACUGAGCCAAUCCUACCUGACAUCCAUCCCCUACACAAACCUGCAAUUAGAGAGCAAAGAGGACUCACAGAUUCUGUGGCAGGUGGUCCCUCCCCAUUACCACCACCAUGUUCAGAUGCUAGCAUCCUUCUGUGUUCUUUGGUGCAUCUUCAUUGA